GGGCGUUUUAACCUGGAUUUUUUGAGUCUUUUGAAUUAGUAAACUAUGAAUUCGUAUUAAGAUUGGAUUAAAUAUGAAACAUAACGACUAUGUUAUUUGUUAGUAAGUGCACUUUCCGCCUUCGUCAGUGCAAACAUGUCAUAAACUACAUUUAUACAAAUUAUGCCACUUUGAGUAAUUUGAGUCCACAAGACAGAAUACAAUAUCUAAGGAAAAUGGCACGACCAAAUGCCAGAGAAAAUCCCAUGAUUAUGAAGCUGGAUACCCCUGAAUUCACUUCGAUGUUUACCGACGAGCUACAAACAUUGAUGGCCCUUUUCAAAGAGUAUGGUUAUGAAAUCAGAAUUGCCGGGGGCGCUGUUCGAGAUCUGUUAAUGGGCAUGAAACCUAAAGAUCUAGACUUCGCCACAACUGCUACCCCAACCGAGAUGAAAGAGAUGUUCACCACUGAGAAUGUGAGGAUGAUCAAUAUGAAUGGAGAAAAACAUGGCACUAUCACCCCUAGGAUCAAUGACAAGGAGAAUUUCGAGAUCACAACACUUCGUAUUGACGUGCUGACAGACGGACGACAUGCAGAAGUUCAGUUUACCACAGAUUGGAUGCUAGAUGCGCUUCGCAGAGACUUGACUAUCAACUCAAUGUUCCUUGGGUUAGAUGGUAGUGUUUAUGAUUACUUUUAUGGGCAUGAUGAUCUUAAGAAGCGCAGAAUUGCGUUUGUUGGUGAUGCUACUACUAGAAUCAGAGAGGACUACUUGAGGAUACUGAGGUACUUUAGAUUCUAUGGAAGGAUAGCUAUAGAACCAAACAAUCACGAAGCAGAAACACUAAAAGCUAUCAAAGAAAAUGCUUCUGGGUUAGAAAACAUUUCUGGUGAACGAAUAUGGAUGGAAAUGAAAAAAAUAUUGGAGGGCAAAUUUGCUGGCGAAUUGAUGCUGGCCAUAGUAAAGUGUGGCAUCGCUCCAUAUAUCGGUUUACCAGAUAACCCAAACACUGAAGAACUAGAACGAGUAUGGAAACAAAGUGGUCACAAUAAUCUGAAUGCCAUAACUCUAUUGUCAUCGCUAUUAUAUACCCAAGAUGAUGCAGUUUCUCUAAAUGUUAGGCUUAAACUGUCAGCCUUUGAACGAGACUUAGCAAUGUUCAUGGUACAACAUAGAGGCCCCAAGUUGCAUCCCAAGCCAUUGAUGCCUUACCAACAGCUUGUUGUAAAGGCUAAAUCAAAACCUAUAGACACCAAGAAAAUGGCUUUGGAGGUGCUGAAAUAUAACAACUCUCCUCACAUAGAUGAAUUUGAAAAAUGGGAGAUUCCAAAGUUUCCAGUCAGUGGAAAUAUGUUGAAAGAGAAGGGAGUGGAGGGUGGUCGAUUCAUGGGAGUUGUCAUGGCAGAGUUGCGCCAAGUGUGGGCUGAUGGAGAGUUUAAACUUGGCGCUGAAGAGUUGCUUACAGAGUUGCCUAGGGUUAUGGAUAUGUUAGCAGAGAGGAAGAAAAAGAAAUCAUGA